AUGUCGGAUACGUUUUGGUAUACCUAUGAAUCUCCGCUCAAAGGUUUCGAGGGACUUGAAUCUCUGGGCGAAGAACUGGCCGAGGAUGGCAAAUCACUCAAGAAUCCGGAAACCGGUGUUCUCAGUGAAGCAUAUGAGAAGUUCAAUAGUGGCCUUACGAAUGGGCGUCGGGGAGGAUUUGAUGUCCACAUCUACCAUCACGGCGGGAAUGCAGAACACGCCCAAUAUGCGAGGGAGUUGAGGGAGAGGAUACGACGGGAAUUUCCGGAAUUGAGAGUCUACCGAUUCUGGGACAAGCCAAUUGGGCCUCACACGCUGCCUAUGUUCGAGGUCAAUCUGUUCACGCCAGCACAGUUUGGGGCUUUCAUACCCUGGCUGGUGAUCAACAGAGGUCCAUUGUCUGCCCUGGUCCACCCCAACACAGACGAUGAGGAUGAGUUAAGAAACCACAGUCAAAGAGCCACUUGGCUGGGUGAACGCGUCCCGCUCGACUUGGGCAUCUUGAAAGCCAUGGCUGACAAGAAAGACAAGGAGAGUAAAGAAGCAUCAGGGCAGUAG